UUUGUGCAAUUCUGAAGCUGGUCGUCUGUUCUCAGUGUUUAUCUGGACGUCAUGGCGGAGGGACGUGGAGAGCUACCGCCUCAGCCGCCACUUCAUCUAUCUUUACCCCCGGCCAGCAAGCGACCAUGCUUGCGCCCGGCUCCCCGAGGUCCUGGUCCGGGGCCUGGUCCGGGUUUUCCGAACUCUCGGUUUCGCUGCCCGGAAUCUCUGUUGGACUGUGCCGCGAAGGCUGUAGCGGAGAAAUGGGCCUUUGAGAGGGUGGAGGAGCGCUUCGAGCGGAUCCCAGAGCCCGUACAGCGCCGUAUAGUCUACUGGUCCUUUCCGAGGAACGAAAGGGAAAUAUGUAUGUAUUCGUCGUUUCAGUGCCGCGUCGCAGGCGAAGAGGGUCCGGCGGUGGGUACAGUAGCUCCCGCUGGAUCCGGGUCUGUCCCUGGAGGGGUUACCAAUACGUCGGCCGCCGCCGGGGCAGCGGGCACCGGAGAUGGACUGCCUUUCCGCCGAGGCAUACGGCUUUUGGAGACUGGUUGUGUGGAAAAUGUCUUACAAGUCGGUUUCCACCUCAGUGGCACGGUCAUGGAGCCCGCCUCCCAGUCGGAGCCUGAGGUCACCCACAAGGUGGCCAUCAGCUUCGACCGCUGCAAGAUCACCUCGGUCACCUGCGGCUGCGGCAACCGUGACAUCUUCUACUGCGCCCACGUGGUGGCCCUGUCCCUGUACCGCAUCAGGAGGUCAGAGCAGGUCAAGCUGCGGCUGCCCAUCUCAGAGACCCUGUUCCAGAUGAACAGAGACCAGCUACAGAAGCUGGUGCAGUACCUCAUCACAGCACACCACACAGAGGUGCUGCCCACCGCCCAGAAACUGGCCGACGAGAUCCUCUCAUCCAACUCUGAGAUCAACCAGGUCCACGGGGCCCCGGACCCCACGGCAGGGGCCAGCAUCGAUGACGACAACUGCUGGCACCUGGACGAGGAGCAGGUCAGGGAGCAGGUCAAACUGUUCCUGUCCCAGGGAGGGUACUACGGCUCUGGGAAGCAGCUCAACUCCAUGUUCGCCAAGGUGCGGGAGAUGCUGCGGAUGCGUGACUCUAACGGUGCCAGGAUGUUGACCCUAAUCACUGAACAGUUCAUGGCCGACCCUCGCCUCGCUCUGUGGCGGCAGCAGGGGACAGGCAUGACGGACAAGUGUCGGCAGCUAUGGGACGAAUUGGGUGCCCUGUGGGUGUGCAUCGUGCUGAACCCGCACUGUAAGAGCGAGGAGAAGAGCGGCUGGCUGAAGCAGCUGAAGAAGUGGGGCGACAUGGACAUCUGUCCUCUGGAGGACGGCAACUACGGCAGUGAGUUGCCCAACAUUACCAACGCUCUGCCACAGAGCAACCUCGCCCAGGGUCAGUCGCAGUCUGGAGCAGUAACACACACGGACUCCCUGGCCCGGCCCAGACGGACAGUGUUCACGCGGGCCAUGGAGGCCUGUGAUCUCCACUGGCAGGACAGCCACCUGCAGAGGAUCAUCAGCUGUGACUACUACAUGUCCCCAGCCUAUCAGAGAGAGGGAGAGAGUCUGCUCUUCAACCGCCAGGGCCUGCCUCUAUGGCUAGAUCACGUCCCCACGGCAUGCGCGCGGGUCGAUGCCCUGCGUUCCCAUGGUUACCCCCGCGAGGCACUGCGGUUGGGCGUGGCCAUCAUCAACACCCUCCGGCUGCAGCAGCACCGCCAGCUGGACAUCUACAAGCACCAAAAGAAAGAGCUGCUCCAGAAGGGGAUGACCAGCACUACUAACCUGGAGGGCUGGGUGGGACACCCCCUGGAUCCCAUCGGCUGUCUGUUCACCACCCUCACUGAGACCUGCCGGGUGGAGGACGACAACGCAAUGGACACUGGAGACUCUGGAGAGCCCAAGCCGCCUGUGUACCAUCAUGUGCCCGUGUGGGGUUGCCCGGAUGGCGGGGAGUCCUACCUGGCGCUGGCCCUGGAGGUGGCCCUGAUGGGCAUGGGGCAGCAGCGUGUGAUGCCUGAAGGCCUCUAUGCCCAGGACAAGGUGUGUCGGAACGAGGAGCAGAUCGUGGCCAAGCUGCAGGAGAUGGAGCUGGAUGAUCUGCUGGUCCAGACGCUGAGGAAACAGGCCAUCCUCCUACUGGAAGGGGGUCCGUUCAGUGGCCUGGGUGAAGUCAUCCACAGGGAAAGCGUUCCCAUGCACACCUUUGCCAAGUACCUGUUCUCAGCCCUGCUUCCCCACGACACAGACCUGGCCUACAAACUAGCACUGCGGGCCAUGAGGCUCCCUGUGUUAGAGUCGACUGGUCCCUCGGGAGACUUGGGUCACCCCCACCAUGGCAUCAGCAUGGUGCCCAGCCGCUACCCACGCUGGUUCACCCUGGGCCACCUGGAGUCUCAGCAGUGUGAGCUGGCCUCCACCAUGCUCACCGCAGCCAAAGGAGAUAUGUUGAGAUUGCGGACGGUGCUGGAGGCCAUCCAGAAGAACAUCCACUCCUCCUCCCUCAUCUUCAAACUGGCCCAGGAUGCCUUCAAGAUCGCCACUCCGUCUGACAACCCCCCAGACAUCACUCUGCUUAAUGUAGCUCUGGAACUGGGCCUGCAGGUAAUGAGGAUGACUCUGUCUACUCUGAACUGGAGACGCAGGGAGAUGGUGCGCUGGCUGGUCACCUGUGCCACAGAGGUGGGUCUGCGAGCGCUGGUGAGCAUCCUCCAGAGCUGGUACACCCUGUUCACCCCCACCGAGGCCACCAGCAUCGUCGCAGCCACCGUCAUGUCCCACAACACCAUCCUCCGCCUCAGCCUGGACUACCCCCAGAGAGAGGAGUUGGCGAGCUGCGCCCGGACGCUGGCCCUGCAGUGUGCCAUGAAGGAUCCCCAGAACUGCGCUCUCUCGGCCCUCACGCUCUGCGAGAAGGACCACAUCGCCUUCGAGACGGCCUACCAGAUCGUCAUCGACGCAGCAUCAACAGGCAUGACGUACUCUCAGCUGUUCACCAUCGCCCGCUACAUGGAGCACCGCGGCUACCCGCUUCGAGCCUUCAAGCUGGCCUCGCUGGCCAUGACCCACCUCAACCUGGCCUACAACCAGGACACCCACCCGGCCAUCAACGACGUGCUCUGGGCCUGCGCCCUGUCCCACUCGCUGGGCAAGAACGAGCUGGCCGCCAUCAUCCCCCUGGUGGUGAAGAGCGUGCACUGCGCCACCGUGCUCUCGGACAUCCUGCGUCGCUGCACCAUGACGGCCCCGGGCCUGGCCGGUAUCCCCGGGCGACGGAACUCUGGGAAGCUCAUGUCCACGGACAAGGCUCCGCUCCGGCAGCUGCUGGACGCCACUAUCAGCGCCUACAUCAACACAACCCACUCCCGGCUCACUCACAUCAGCCCCAGACACUACGGAGAGUUCAUAGAGUUCCUCAGUAAGGCCAGAGAGACCUUCCUACUGGCCCAGGACGGACACAUCCAGUUUGCCCAGUUUAUAGACAACCUCAAACAGAUCUACAAGGGCAAGAAGAAACUCAUGAUGUUGGUACGGGAACGCUUCGGCUGACCCCUGGGGUUCCCCCAACAGGACAGGCAAUAUGGGGAACUUUUAUUUCCAUUUAAUCAUUUAUUUAACUUUUCAUUUCCAUUUCUUUUGUCAUUUACGUGUCAAAUACUAUAUUUGUCCGGGGAGGGGGUGUUGUCAGUUUUUUCUUUUUCUUGUGGGCGACAACCAAUGUUUGUUCGCAAUGUUACUCUGCUAGGUAAAGACUGCAGGGGGGGGGGGGUCUGAAUACAAAAACGUUUGAAAAAGAUUAUGAUAAUGAUGAUAAAACAUUGAGGUGGCAAAUCAUGAAAAACCAAAUGAUGUAUAGGGUGUUUUGAGCCAGGGAAUGAUGUCUGCUGUGGUGAGAUACGAGUGGUUUUUGAAGGAAAGAAAACCUGUCAUUCCAAAAACACUGACGCACAUCGUGUUGACUUACUGUUAUACCUCGAUCGUAUUCCAAGGGUCAGCUUUAAACUUUUCCUGUUAAAAGGCCUCGUUUCAAGGUAUUAUGUGUGGAGGAGGUGGAAUGCUGAACUUGGAUCUGUCAGGUCCAGGAGCCAAGCCUAAAUAUGCCAGACUCAUCAGGUACAUACAGAGUCCUCCUCACAUAUCUCUCACAUAUUCUCUCACAUAUCUCUCACAUAUUCUCUACCACCUUUCCUGAGUGUAGCCUGAUCCAUUUGUCUGGUAUCUCCUAUUUCUAGUGAAGGUACCUUUCAAAAAGAGACAGAUGUACACAGAGAGAGAGAGACAGGUUGCGGCAGAUUUGGUAUUUGGAUUCGAUCACGGAAAGAUGGAUUGACUGGCCUGAGAGUGAUACUGCCACUGUGGGUUUGGGUCUGUGAGGAGUGGCUUGUGUUGUCAGAGUUUGGGUUUAUAACAUGUGGAAAUACCAUUGCUGAAAAAACAUCUUGUAUCUUUCAAAGCAAAACGUGUAUGAACGUGUCAUUUUUGACAACAUGCCUUGGUGUCGCCGGUUGGGGUUAGUAUUCCACAUACAAGCCUAACUAUAACUAUCAACCUCUCAGACCCUGUGGGAGAAGUUUUAUAUAUUAGCCCUAGUAUUAUUGUUAUACAAGCACUUCACAAAUGUCAUGUACUCUCAACACCAUUCUGUCUGCUUGAGCAAUUAUUUAUCGAUCGUUUAGAAUCAUCUGUGUGUGAAUGAGUACUAGGAAUAUAGGCAGCAUAACUAUAUUUAACAUGCAAAAAUAGGAAUAUUUAGACACAAACAUUUGAGGAUAAAUGUUGAGGCUAUGAAAAGCGUUCCAUGUCAGCUUCCACAUUCCAGGUGACCUAGGGCCACAGAAGUCCCCCCGUCUGGCGUAGUGCAGUAAAGAAACGACGACAGAAAAGAGAUGCUCAACUCAGUUCUCAGGGAAUCACUUAAAGAAACAAAAAAACAAACAAAAAAAGUAGUAGCAUAAGCAUUUAAGAUAUUGUAAAUAUGAAAGUGUCAAUUAAGAAAAUUGUAAAGUUAUAAUUAUUUAUGAUAACUGUGUGUUUUUGUUUUUGUGGGAUACUUGAAUGUGUUGUGGGCUGGGAAUGUGAGGGCAGUUAGAUGAAAAUACAUUUCUCAGGUGCUCCUGUGUACAUUUCUCUGAAUUUUGAGUCGUUUUUUUUUUUUUUUUUUGUAUGUUUUGUUUAGUUUUUGCAGUGUUUUCUAAGAGGAAGCAUGUUAUUUUCGAAAUUAGGCAUACCAUUAUGAACAGACAGCAACCUGACUAUGCAGAAACCACUUGGUGGUUUGGUCCCCUUCUCUGGAGUCACCCGGACGAAUGUCUGAGGGGAGCUCGCCACUAUCCUAAAGAGAACAGACGAGGCAAGACACGGCAUGUUUGUAUUUGUAAGUAGCCUGCACAUGCUGCAAAUUGGGACGGACGUUGCCUUUGACCAAUUUAAUGUACAAUUUCUCUCUUUGGACUUAAGCCUUUAGUGUCUUCUCAAAGUACCCGUGUCAGCACUUGACAUGGUAACGAGAGUUUAAGGAGAACAAUGGUCCAAAAUAAAUGAAAAUAAAAACCCUGCAUGCCCCACGCAAAAUAAGGAACUGGCAGAGAAUAUGAGUGGGGGGAGUCUGUUUUAACAACCCCUAUCGUCCUCCCUUGUAUUUCUUCAUGCUUUUAAGCCUAUUCAGUUCACUUCACCUGAACGACCAUGGCCAUGCUCUUAACCGUUCUCUACAACCCCUACGGAGCAGUUGAGUUAUUCUGCUCCUUCCAUCCAUCCAUCGCUGGUCUUUAUUCCUUCUCUUUUAAAAAGAUUAUGUUAACUUCCUCCCAAACGUUAGUCACAGGAUUCAGUAAGACUGCAGCACUGCCUGUACCAGUGCCAUAUGCACCACGACAUAACACCUGCUUUCCAAACCAACCUACCAACCUACGGCAGCCUCCUCUGUUUUGUCAUUCACUUAGCUGCCACAAAUAUUAACCACUACUUGAAUCUGAGAUUUGUGAGUUACAACGAGUGGACAAGACAAGAUUGCAGUUUAAUGUAAACCUGCCUGUUAUACACACACAUCAAACAACAAGCAUUUUCUGUCGCUGAAGUAGUUGGUUCUACGGCAUUGCAAAAAAAUGGGGGGAGGAACCUCCUCUGGCUUUUAAUUUCUCUCUCCCAUACUCUGUGUCUGUGUUAACUGUACCAGUGUUUCGACCUGUCACUAGAAUUUAGAAGGAAGUAAUAAUGACUGGUAGAUUGUUCACUAGUUCAUCUACGGUUUGAUUAUUUUUUUAUUUAAGGGAAAGUGUUUGUUGCCUCUUUGUGCUACUGAUUUAUAAAAAAUAAAAAAAGGUAUCCAGUAUUUGCCACAGAAGUAUAGUUUAUCAACAGUUUGUUUGUGCAACCUCUUGAGCUAAUGUCUAUAAAACAAUUUAUUACUAUUUAUGUAACGCUACUACCAUUUUAUAUCAUUUGUGUUGGAAUCUCAGUGCUUUUCUAUGAAUAAAGUGUGAAACACGUA